AUGGCUAGUGCGCAAAUGCCGGGCCACCGGUCCGCCCGAUUAGCUGAUGAUGCCGCGACAGCUGCCCUCUACGCUACACACCCUCGACGCAAGGCGUCAGUCCGCGAGGCGCCAACCACGAAGGCGCCUGCCCCCGAUACCCCAUAUUUGAAUGCGCGCGCCACGGGAGGAGCCUCGAACCUCAGCGCGGCCUCGGCCGGAGCUGCCCUCGCCCAUGCAAAGCAGAAUCCCGUCGAAGUAUGGCGCCCGGCCGGUCGCUUUCCCGAUGCCGAAAAAGCCGCAUGGCAUGUGAGGGAUUUCACCUCGCCCGAGGUCCCCCAGCCCAGCACCCAAUAUAGCGCGGAGGGAUUGGGCGCUGCCAUCAUUGCGGUGCGGGAGCAGCGGAGAUUGAGCAGCCCAACCCAAACGAGGCAUAAGCAUGAGAUCUCCGUAGACCACAGUCACGCCGCAGGUGGGGGCCAUGCCCAGGAUAAGGCGCGCCGAGCGGCCACUGGUGCCUACGCCAACCGGCAACGUGCGGACUCAGCCCCAAGUGAGCCGGUUGUGACCUCCGAGGCGCCGUAUGCCCUGUCUGCUGCUGGCGCAUCUCACCGUGUUAGGAUCGAAGACGAAGGCCCCUUGGGCCACUUGGAUAAUGCGAUGGAAGCAAGCCGCAUCCAACACGUUGCGAACGCCAACGCCCGCAUGUACACUUCCUCUCCUCCGGUUGCCAGUGAAGUCGAAGAGCGCAACCACAGAAACUCAUUGCGCGCUGCGGCACUCUCGAUGGCCAAAGACAUGUAUGAUGUGUCGGGCCCCAAAGGGGAGUCGGGCAAUAUCGACCCGGCGAUCUAUGCGGCCCAGGAAGGUCAGAACCGACUGCAGUAUCGAAAUACGGUGAGCGGAGCGAUGGGAACUACAGCCCACAAGGCGCUGGCGCUGCAGGAUGCGGCUCAAAAGCGCGCUGCGGAGAAACUCGCGCGCAUGCGAAAUGAACAUGUCGAGCUCCAGCAGUAUUACGGUACUGCCCCUCAGCCCCAGCGAUCCCGUCUGACCACCCGUCGAAAGCGAACAUCUAGUGAUGUGGAUGUCAAUCAAACGGACGCUGAGCAGUCCAGGCACAUCCGUAAUCAAAUGACGAGUCUGCGAUCGAAGAUGGACAAGGUAGAUGUUCAAAGGCAAAAGGACCGUGACUUGCUCAUGGAAGCAGCUCGACGCAAUGUGGAUGCAACUAUCCAGGACAUGGAGAUGAAGCUCUACAACGACUAUGGUCGAGCGCCACCAUCCAUGCAGAAGCAAUGGGACGAGGCAGCGCGGGAGCGAGUCCGCCAGGAAACUGAGGUCGCCGAGGCGAGUGGCGCUCGAGAGAACCGAGUAAACAUCGGCGCGGAGCACUAUAUGGAUAUGGCCGAUGUUGAGGCAGUGGCACGUUCUCGCGUUCAGCCGGCGCUGGAUGAGAUCACAGAUCAGGCGGAAGUCCGACGCGCGCAGGAGCUGGAAGCUCGCCUUGAUGCCGAGGAGAAGCAAAGGCAGACUGAGUUGGAGAAGGAGCGCGAGGCGUCGCUGCGAGCUGUCGAAAGAAAAGGAGGUUCGUCAACCCCGAAUCGCCAUUUUGGAUCAUUGAUUAACUGGAUGUCCUUUUUAACAGCCAAAACACAAUCCGAGAAGAAAGAGGGCAAGAGAUUGAGCUUCCUCUUAUUCAGGAAAAAGAGCAAGAAGAAUCGUGGCAGAAAAUCUGAAGAGCAGAAAGAGGACAUUAGACAAGAGCCCACCGAUGACGUGCCGGCUAAAGACAAGCAAACGACCGAACCAGCUGCCGAGGAUGAAACUGAGUUCAAAGCCAAGGGUAAAACAGAAGGCCAGGCUGCUGCUCCCGUAGCUUCUGCUCCAGAGAGUGCCACAGUUUCCAGGCAGGUAACUGCCGAAGAAGCUACUUCUGAGCCACCAACUCCAGAGACUCCUGGUGCUGGAACCGUUUUCGCAGCAGCUCCAGCUUCUUCUACCGCAGCACCGGUACGACUGGUCACGAGUGGUCCUUCCGAGAAGUAUGAGGACCACGAUGCAGUCCGAGUCCCGCAGCGAGAUGCGGCAGCCACCUCGGGUAUCAGCGAUAUGCACAUUGUCCGACCCAUCACGAGUCCCCGGGCCGAUUCAAAACUAAAGACCUGGUUCCGCGAUCGAUUGAUUCGUCGAAACAGCGGCACACAGCCUGUCUACCCCCACCAGCCUGGUCCGGAGUUCCAAACUGACAGCGAGGUUGGCUUUACCGGAGGAGCUGCGCUGACUGGUAGGGGUGAGGGCCGUGGGGCGGCGCUGAGCUCGCAUCCUGUCACUGGAGAUGAUUUGGAUCAAAGUGGUUCUAACCACAAUGGCACUUUUCUUGAGGUGACCAAGACAACCACUGAAGAUUCGAAUUCGAGUAAGCCCGGACAGAACGGCAAUGGCAAGCGACAGCGUCUACGAAAAAGCUUUAUGAACACUAUAUCGCGUGGUUCGCAAGGGCCAAAAACGAAUGGGGCCACUAAUGAUGGUCAUUCUCGUCAGAGCUCAACGGCUGCCUCGGAGACCAAAGUCACCGGCACAGGUGAUAUCCAAGGUCUGCGAAACAGCGCCACUGAGCAAGGUCUUGCUGCUCCGCCCAUUCUGGGCCAGACUGCCAGUACAGGUCGAGAGUCGAGAUUUUCUGAGGAUCUGUGA